AACCAAUAAAUAUUAAGAAGAAGAAGAAGACCGCGACGACUCCUCCGAAUCCGAACGAGUUCUUUCCGCUUUUCGAACAAUGAUAUCUUCCUGAAACCGCUAGCUGGAAAACUGUUGUGCAGAUAUGCACAGAAUAGGUUGUGUUUAGCACUGGUUUGAUGAAUAAGGCAAUUUUCUAACAAUGCGAGCUUUUCCAAAGCUGUGAAACGACCUAACCAAACAGAACACUGAGGAAAAAAUUUCGGGACCCUCUCACAUCCAACUGUUAGCCUGUUUCGAUCUCUAUAAAGAUGCCUGAGGUUCGGGACCUUUCUGAAGCUUUGCCAGAGAUGCCAAUGGACCCAAUCACUGGAGUCGGAGUAGUAGCCUCUAGGAAUAGAGCACCCACUGGAUAUGAUGUGAUCUCAACAACAACAGAUGGCCUGGAUGCUGACCUGUGGAAAGACGGACUUUUCAAAUCCAAGGUGACCCGAUACCUUUGCUUCACCAGAGUUUUCUCUAAAGAAAAUAGCCAUUUAGGUAAUGUUCUUGUGGACAUGAAGCUGAUUGAUAUAAAGGACACUUUGCCUGUGGGUUUCAUCCCAAUCCAGGAAACUGUUGAUACUCAGGAGCAGGCCUUCAGGAAGAGGCGACUCUGCAUCAAAUUUAUUCCACGGGACUCCACAGAGGCAGCCAUCUGUGAUAUCCGCAUCCUGGGACGCUCCAAGCAGGCACCUCCUCAGUAUACCUUUAUAGGAGAGCUCAACAACAUGGGAAUCUGGUAUCGCAUGGGAAAUGUGCCUCGGGCCCAGGACUCCACACACACACAAACCAUCAACAACACCCAGAAUGUGAAUUCCUCCAGCUCAGGAUCAGCCCCACCAGCUCCCAUGCUUAAGCAUAUUUCCAUGACCCUCCCUGCCAGCUUCAGAGGAAAAAAUACUACCAGACCAGACUAUGAGCACCAGAACUCCAACCUGUAUGCUAUUACAGCAAUGGACGGGGUGCCUUUUAUGAUCUCUGAGAAGUUUGCCUGUGCCUCAUCUGAUCUGCAGCAGGUGGAUCUGAUGGGUAUUACAAUUAAAUCACUGGCUGAGAUUGAAAAGGAGUAUGAUUACAGUUUCCGCACAGAGCAUAGUGCAGCGGCUCGCCUCCCUCCAAGUCCAACACGGACCUCUCUGAGUUCUGAGGCCUAAGCAUCUCUUAUAUGAACAACAGUCAUCUCCACACUAUAGACAGCAGCCGGAGAGAAGUGCACACAACUACUGAGAACAUACCUACAACGGGGAUAUUCGAUCUGUAAAUGAAAAGAAAGAUUCCCAACAAAAAUUGUGGAUUUUCUAACUUCUGGGACAUGUUGUAGGCCCUCUGUGUGCUGUUGAAAUGGAAAACAAUGGAAUUCAGUCAGACUCGAACUACUACACGGCAGAGCUGGGACAAGAAAACACAUUUUAUGCUCAUCGAGAUACUUCAGUAUCUCACUCGAAUGACUUCAAAAAUACAUUUUUGUUAAGUGAAAAAUGGUCAAGUGUCGUAUUGUGGUGGAAAAAAAAUAACCUUGUCCCAUCAAAAGAUCUUGUUAGAAAUAAGAUAAAAGGAUCACACGGUACUUUUUUCAUGGAGGACUUCUGUUGGAUCUCACAGCAGUCAUGUUGCCUUUUUCGUUUAUGACAUGGACCGUUCUGAAUCAAAGCGCACCAUAAAGGCACCUUAGGGUGUCAGAAAUUUAAAAGAAAACUGUGACUUUAAGUUUUGUUGAGCUCGUCUUCUUGAUGGGGAAAUGCUUUUCAUUGUUUUCUAGAUGUAUUGCCAUUUACUGGUGUGACUGUGAGUGCACUUUUGUGUUUUGAGGUUGUUAUUGUGCUUCCUAAUUGCUGUAGAUAUUCUGUAAACCACUUCUUCUCUUUCUGUGAGGUUGCAGCUUGCCCGACAGAACCAUGACUACAGCUAAUAUUCACUGUGUGGAGUAUUCACAUCAAGAUUUUCUAUUUAUACCAUACUCUAAUACCUUACUUUGCAUGCAUAUAGAUGUUUUAUUGAUACAUCUUUUCACUGAAUGAGUAACAUUGAGCAAACUUCACACAUUUUAGCUAAAAAGCACUGAUAGGUCCUUAUAUCUUAACAAUAUCAUAGCUAUAUUCAUCGUUUCCUUCAUCUUCAUUGGUGUUAUAUCAGAAAUGGAUGCUCCAGUAAAAGUAUAAUAUUGCAAAGAGUUUUAUUUUAGUACAUUGGUUAUGGAACGUGUGUACAGAAUUUUACUCUACUGGUCAAAAGUUUUAGAACACCCCAAUUUUUCCAGUUUUUGUUGAAAAUUAUUCAGUUUAAUGUCUCAUUGCACUCUGAAAUGAAAGCCUUGUACAAAUAAGGACUUAUUCUAAAUUUUUCACUCAUCAAAGUAGAAACCUUUGGCAGAUAUAACACCUGAACAUACCCAUGGCUUUCUUUCUACAUUAGAAAUCAAAUAUUCUUCAUAAAGUUCUUCCCAUAUGUGUUAAAUAAGUUCCCAUAAAUGUGUGGUACCCAAACCAGCUCGAUGGGGUUUAAGUCUGGAGAUUGUGCUAACCCCUGGCCAACUAGGCACAUACCAGAGGCUAUUGCAUGGCGCUACAGAAUGCUGUGGUAGCCGCGGCCCAGGCAAGCCUCUUAUUCUGACGUCUUAGCAAUGUCUUUCUUGCUGCAACUCGUCCUGUCAAACCUGCAGCCUGAAGUCUUCAGUUGAAACUGAGACUUGCCUGCUACGAUCACUAUUAAGCUGUGCUCGAAAGGGUUGGGUUGUCCUGUGAGCCGUCUAUCAUGCAAGCUUGUUAACUCUCAGAAACUUGUCCUCUGAUUCAUUUGUGGCUUUGGGUCUGCCAGACCUCUUCAUGUCAGAGUUUACCCCAGUUUCUGAGUGACUUUUGAUGGUGGAGAAAACUGUACUCAUUGAUGCCUUUCUUUGCAGUUUCUCUGUAGGAAGACGUACAUUUUGAUGGUCCAUCUCUCUUCCAUUGCGAUGCCUUUUUCAACUGAUGCUCACGAGAAUAUGGUAACACAAUGUGUUCCAACACUGCUUUUAUGCAGACAGAGGGGUUGGAAGUAAUCCAGAAAAGUUGGAACACCUGUAGGAAUUAGUAGCACCAGCUUUCAAGGCUCCAUAAACCACCAUUGCUGUAGAACAGCUUUAAAUUAUUAACACAUUUUUGUUUUCCUGAAAAAAGGCCUCUUGUAUAACUCUGAAAUGUACAUUAUUUUUCAGUUUGGGGUGUUGUUUUUGUAAACCUCUGGCGGUUCACCAUUUACCUUUGUUCCAUUUCAAGUUAUUCAUUGGACUUAAGCAACUUGAAUUCCAAUAAAUAACUGAAAUAAUUGGGGUGUUCCAAAACUUUUGACCAUUAAUAUUAAAAUCACCUAUUUCACAUGUGAUGACAAUAAAGACCAACUCAGAACCAUGUGACUUUAUGGAAUUUUGACCCUGAUUAGAGUCACCACUGGUUAUAUGCAAAUAACUAUUUUUAUUUUUUUAAUUGUCUAUAGCACUAACCACUAUUAUUAAAACCACCAGAUAAAAUAAGUAUCAGUUAGUUACUUUGUUUGUUUUUCUUUACUACCUACAUUAUACAUUGAGCAUUUGAGAUGUUUAGAGAAAAGCAGGAGAAUAAAUAGGAUAUGUGUCAUGUAGAUGAGGAGGUAUUCUCUGGCGUAUUGUAUUCUUAUGAACUGCUACAAAAAGGUCAUAUUGGAAACUUUUAUUUGUAGACUAUUGCUGUUUGAUACUUUGAAUCUGUAAUACACUAAAAAGGCCUAUUAUAAUUUUUUUUUAAAGGGAAAAUAAGUGGUUCACUUAAUUCUCAACUUUGAUGCGAACAAAAUGGAGUUGAAACUAAUUGUGUGAUAAUUUAUCUCAUGUUAAUUAAGCUUAAUUAUCUCCAUGUCUGUCCUGUAAUAGAAAAAGUUUCAUGUUUCCUCAUAUCGAACAAAAUGUACACUAAUAGAAACAUGUGAUAGGCCAGUAUAAGUUGGGCUCUUAUUAUUGACCUUAUGUUCAGCCUGAACAGGUGUCUGUGAAGGUCAGUCUGUCCACCAUCUUCUUAAAACACAUGAUGUAGCAUCACCGAUUAUGUAAAGAAAAUUAAAUCAGUUUUAGUUUUGCUGAUUUUUAUUUUUUUCCACAGGUCAUAUGUGACAAGAAAAAAUGUUCUGCAAUAUAUCAAGUCAUUAAAUAGAGUAACUCCU